AUGAUCAAGCUCAACGCCGAGAGCGUGGCGGUCUACAACUUCGCAUGCAACACCACACUCCAGGAGAACGGGAUCCUAUGCCCCAUGCACCCCUGCGAGGGGAUGUGGCUCUUCAAGGGGCCGAGGAUGAACCACAACAGCUACCACACCUACGGCUCCACCUUUGGCACGGACUACGUCUGCGGCACAUUCCCAACGAGCUCCUUCCAGAUCAUGAAGAUCAACGACGGCAUCAAGGGAUACUACGACUACAAGUCAAGGAUCAAGGACGAGUCGCUAGAAUGUUUGGACAAGGCAGUAUGGCAAGGCUGA